CUGGCAGAGAUGAGCCUGUCCAUCCAAAGCAUGUGAUGACCAGCAACAUAUAUAAAGACUUACCACCAAAUACUUGAUUCAAAGGAAACACUGACAUUUAGCAAUUUGUAUGACCUUGUAUUGCAUCCACCCUUUUCGUCCAAGAUGAAAAUUGUGAUACCCAUAAUCGUCUUUGUGGCAGUGGCAGGUUUUCACAGGGUGAUUUCUGCGUCUCUGAAUUCAACUGAGAGCACUGAAUCAUCUGAAGAAAUAGAGUCUGAAGAGCGCACUACACCACAAAAUCAAAAUGAUCUGGAGUUUGAGGCAGCACAUGUGAAAGAUGAAGACAGUUUACGAGUGACACGCAUGGAGGGAAAUGAUGAAGAAUUAGAUGGCAAAGAAGUAAUUGAUGAAGAAGAUACUGUAGAUGGUGAGAAAAAGGGAAAGUGCACUGCAGAAAAGAGAGGGAACACCAGAAGCGAGUCUUUAGAAACAGGCACUGAGGGCGACUACUCUAAACACACAACAGAGCACACUAAGCAGGUGGAUAAGAGUGUGAAAAGUGCUGAAGAUCUCAAUCAGUAUGAAGAAAUGAGAUAUGAUUCAUAGACUGGAGUGUUAUUAAGCCAAGUUUGAUAAGACAGUUGAGGAAGUUAUAUCUUUUAAACCUAAAUUGUUUUAUAAAAUAUUGCUUGCUAAAAGCGUGUUAUAAAAGUGCUAAACUCCAAUAAACUGCAAGCCUUGUUUUGACAAAAUUUGAAAGAUCACAGCUUUUUUAAUACAUUCACCACCGUGCAAAAUGUAAAAAAAGAAGAGAAUUUAAGUGGGUGUAAUAACAUGGGAGGUGUACAGCUGUAUGAUUAUAUGGCCUCUUAGGAGGAAAGAGUUUUUAAGUAACAGAUGUAGGUAAUGGAUCUAGGACGGCUAUCCAGGCCAGCGCUGUCUACGGUGCUCAUUUGUCUGCAUUGUCCCAGCUUAUUUUUGGACCAAAGAUGCUCUCCACCCUCUUCCAAAGCCUGAUAGGAAUGAAUUGUUUUAUUUAAAAUGCCCUUGAGCAAAUUCUCUCGAAAUGUUUUGUUUGAACUGAUGUGGAAAUGUUGAUGCUUGGGUUGUAUUUUAAAGUGAUAACCAAAUGACUGACAAAUUA